AUGUUCGACUGGUUUGAUGAGCCAAUUGUCUACUACAGACGCUUUGCCCCAAUGCGUUCCGGCGUCUUUGAUUACAUGUCACGUUGGAUGGAUUCUGUAGAUCGCGCAAUGGAAGAAGAAUUUGGUGAUUUUUAUGAUGCAUUCACUCGUCGUGAUGUUCCUCGCUAUGAGAUGAUAGAAGAUGACAAUGAGAAGAAGCAUUCUAAGAAGAAUAAUAAGAAGAAUGCUAAGUCAAAACCAAAGAAAGUAGAGAAACAUGAGGAAGAGGAAGAAUUUGAAGAAAAGUCUGAAAGUGAAGAAGAAAUCCCACAGUACUAUUCAAUCUCAUCAUCAAUAUACACAGGUUCUGAUGGAAUUCAACACAUCCAUCGUGAAGAAGUUGAUUCAAAGAGUGGUCUCCGUAAAGUUGUCGAUACAAAGCGUAUUGGCAAUAAAUCAUUAACCAUUCAUGAAGUAACUGACAAAGAUGGUAAAGUUGAAACACAUCAAACAAUUAAGAAUAUCCGUGAAGAUGAACUCGAAGAUUUCAAGAAGAAAUGGUCUGAAUACAAGGUUCCAGAACGUUCUUCUCUUCCAGAACCAGAAAAGAAAUCAAAGAAGGAAACAAAGAAUGAUGAGAAGAAAUCUGAAGAGUAA